AGGAAGAAGACGAAGAAGAAGAGCGGUAGGAAGUGUUGACAAAUAUUACAGUUUAACUUUUCACGUCAACGGAGAGCGAAUGUAAAUCUUGUUUGCAAUCAAUGCUACUGUAGUCGUUGUACCUUAGCAUAAUGUGUCAGACUUCCAGAGUCAUCUUUUAAUUUAACAUCAUUAUUUAAUCGUACAAAUUGUUCAAUUAUGUGAUGUCGUUUAAGUGAAUCUAGCAGUCAUCCAAGUAGGACUAACGUUAUCUCCCAGAGACAUGGCGACUUAAUAAAUGACCCACCACACGUCUUGACACCUUUAAAUUCGGUGACAGCACAACGUAAAAUCAACGAUGUCUCAAUUUAUAGAAUCCGGAGAGAAUACGCCAUUACUCAACGAUGAUUCUGGCAGUGAUGACUCCCAAAAUGAUGAAUACAAGAGUAGAUGGCGGUCAAUUCGUGUAAUGUACUUCACAAUGUUUCUAAGCAGCGUUGGUUUCACUAUUGUCAUCACGUCAGUUUGGCCGUAUCUGCAAAAGAUUGAUGACAGUGCCAAUGCUAGCUUCCUUGGCUGGGUGGUGGCGGCCUACAGCCUGGGCCAGAUGCUGGCAUCCCCCCUCUUUGGGCUCUGGUCCAAUCACAGACCCAGGAGAGAACCGUUGGCCUGCUCUAUUUUCAUCAACGUCACAGCCAACAUCUACUACUGCUACGUCUACCUACCCACAUCACAGAACAAAUACCACAUGCUCAUGUCUCGAGCUUUAGUCGGCUUUGGAGCAGGGAACGUAGCUGUUGUGAGGUCCUAUGUUGCUGGAGCCACCUCACUGAAGGAGAGAAACAGUGCUAUGGCUAACACAAGUGCCUGUCAGGCUCUGGGGUUCAUUCUGGGUCCAGCUCUCCAGGCCGGUUUGUCAUUCAUUGGUGAACAAGGUGUUAGCGUGAAGGUCAUUGACCUACAGCUGAAUAUGUACACCGCCCCAGCUCUACUGGCUGCAUUAUCUGGCGUCAUCAAUAUCCUGCUCGUCGUAUUAGUACUGAGGGAACACCAAGUUGACGACUAUGGAAGACAUAUCAGAGCCAUCAAUUAUGUGUCUGAAGAAAGAAUGGAUGUCAGUCAGGAAACCGAAGGGAAUAUUGAUCACGUUGCUGUUUUGACCUCCAACGUUCUAUUUUUCAUCAUCAUGUUCAUUUUCGCGGUCUUUGAGACCAUAGCCACACCCCUAUCUAUGGACAUGUUCUCUUGGACUAGGAAGGAUGCAGUGCUGUACAACGGUAUCAUACUGUCCUGCGUCGGCUUUGAGUCCAUCCUGGUGUUUCUACUUGUGAAGGUUCUCUCUCAAAGGAUUGGUGAUCGUCCUGUGCUCCUUGGAGGCUUGGCUAUCAUAUUCUGUGGCUUCUUUGUCCUGCUCCCAUGGGGGAACCAUUACCCUGCCAUCCAGUGGGCAGACCUCAAGAAUGACACUGUCAUCCACGAGACGUUUGCCCCAAACCCGGCGUUUGCCCCAACCCCGGUCUCCAACAGCUCCUUCGAGCCGACAGGCUGCCCUGCUGAACAGACAUGGUGCCAGUAUACCCCCGCCAUUCACCUGGCACAGUUCCUUACCGCCGACGUCCUCAUUGGAGCGGGCUACCCGGCCUGCAACGUGAUAUCCUACACGCUCUACUCCAAAAUCCUAGGGUCCAAGCCUCAGGGUGUGUACAUGGGGUGGUUGACAGCCUCUGGUAGCGGGGCCCGGACCCUGGGGCCCGUGUUCGUCUCCCAGGUGUACACAAUCCUGGGUCCACGUUGGGCUUUCAGCCUCAUCUGUGUCAUGGUGCUGGGGGCCAUACUUCUCCUGGGGGCCCUCUACCACAAACUCAUCUCCUUCGCCGUGCGUCAUGGCAGGAUCCUGGAGUAAGAAAUGUAGACCCCACACCCAUUUUAGGGCAGGGGGACGGGACUUUUUGUCGACUUUAAUCCUAAAAUGAGAAGCUUUCACUAAUGAAGUUGCUGCCGGGGAUGUGGUGACAGUUUCACAAUCCCUUUAUAGUUUGUCACUCAGGUUUGAUAUUGAAGAUGUUUGGUCAAGAACAAAACGGGAGGGCCAUUUAUUUUCUCCUGAGUUAAGAUGACUUCUCCAGUUGAAAAAGGAACUACUUCUUCUACCACUAAAUGUAUUGCAGUAACUGCUACUUCUCUGAUUUUGUAUGGAAAAGCAAUUUCAAAAUGUGCUCUAUCUCUCUCUUUUUGAAAGUGUACUUGGCUUGUUUGGGGGACCACUGAUUUAAACAUCGGUUCAUUUGUUAGUUUUUAUGUUGUAAAUGGUUUGAAUAAUGGUCACUUUUAGUAUUGAAAAAUAUGUACAUGCAUGUAGUUGAAGUGGCUGAUUCCAACUGAGUCACUUGUUAUUGAAAUAAUGGAAAACCUGUUAUGUGAAAUUGUGGGUAUAAACUCAGCAAAAAAAGAAACGUCCCUUUUUCAGGACCCUGUCUUUCAAAGAUAAUUUGUAAAAAUCCAAAUAACUUCACAGAUCUUCAUUGUAAAGAGUUUAAACACUGUUUCCCAUGCUUGUUCAUUGAUACAUAAACAAUUAAGGAACAUGCACCUGUGGAACGGUCGUUAAGACACUAACAGCUUACAGACGGUAGGCAAUUAAGGUCACAGUUCUGAAAACUUAAGACACUUACACCGAGGCCUGUACUCUGGAGCGGGAUCGAUUGAGGUGGAGCGUCCGUCGUGGUCUGGGGCGGUGGAUCACAGCAUCAUUGGACUGAGCUUGUUGUCAUUGCAGGCAAUCUCAACACUGUGCGUUACAGGGAAGACAUCCUUCUCCCUCAUGUGGUACCCUCAUGUGGUAACCUCAUGUGAUGAGGGUACAUGCUCAUCCUGACAUGACCCUCCAGCAUGACAAUGCCCCCAGCCAUGCUGCUCGUUCUGUGUGUGAUUUCCUGCAAGUCAGGAAUGUCAGUGUUCUGCCGUGGCCAGCGAAGAGCCCGGAUCUCAAUCCCAUUGAGCACGUCUGGGACCCCCCCCCCCCCCAGAAAUGUCUGGGAACUUGCAGGUGCCUUGGUGGAAGAGUGGGGUAACAUCUCACAGCAAGAACUGGCAAAUCUGGUGCAGUCCAUGAGGAGGAGAUGCACUGCAGUACUUAAUGCAGCUGGUGGCCACACCAGAUACUGACAGUUACUUUUGAUUUUGACCCCCCCCCCCUUUGUUCAGGGACACACUAUUCAUUUUCUGUUAGUCACAUGUUUGUGGAACUUGUUCAGUUUGUCUCAGUUGUUGAAUCUUAUGUUCAUACAAAUAUUUGCAUGUUAAGUUUGCUGAAAAUAAACACAGUUGACAGUGAGAGGACGUUUAUUUUUUUUUGCUGAUUUUAUAUUGGAAUAUGUUAUAAGAAGAGGUGCAACUCUUGUGAAUCUUAAUGCUAAUGCGUUGACAUCAUUGUUUUUUUAAUCUAUUAAAGUAUCCAUAAUUUUUGUGAAUGUUGAAUUACAAAGAGUAUUUAGAAACAUAUUUUUUGUUAUACUAACAAGAGUCCUGCCUCUAGCACAGACUGGUAGGAAAACUUCUACCACAUCUUGACUUUGUUGUUCUUUGAAGCAGUCUUACAUCCUGAUAAUUAUUUGCUAUCAUAAUUUUUUUACUAUACAUUGAUAAUGCCUACAGUAAGAAUCCAUCAAUAAAUGCAGUCACAUAUUAAAAUGGACCUGUUGUAUUGAUUGAAAAAGGAAAGGUCUAUUAUAUUAUUCUGAGUGGCUGUGUGACCAGACUCUGGAUACCUCUGGCCAAACAAAAAGUGUCUUGUGCACAGGGGUCGUUCUUUGUAAACUAGGGGACCAGUGAGGAUUUCCUAAGCUGAACAACUAGUUACAGCUGUUAAUUAUUUAUUUUUUUGCUGAUUAUUAUCAAUGACGUAUGUCAUUACAUUAAGAUAUAAAGGUGGGGAUCAAAAUUCACAAAGUUGAUUUAAAAAAAUCUGUGUUUAAGUCUUUUAUCAUGGUUGGUGUCUUGAGAGAUUUGUCCAAAAUUGUUUGUGAUAAAAAUAAAGUCCUUUCAUGUGUAUUUUA